AUGUCGGCCCCUGGAUCCUCUGGCUCGACUCCCCAGCGAGGAGCGGCAGCUCCACUCGGGGCCUCUCGCGACGACCGCGUCAAACAAGACGCCGACAGAGACUCGGCUACAGGGCGUGGAAACGACAAGGGCUCAGAUUCAUCGAUUAUGAUGAGCGUUUCCGCCUUGACCACAUCAAAGCUGGCCAACCAGAACGCCCAAAGGAUGGUUCAAAACACCGGUGCUACUGACGCCUACCCCAUGGACAAGCUCCUCGCCAAGCUCUCGGAGCAGCAGGCCGUCCUCAACAACCAGAACGAAGCUUUCAAGUCCGGCGACGAGGACGGGAAUGCCAACAUCAUGUAUCCGAGAAACUUGGACCUCGGCUCCUCGAGCAGCUCUCUGCCAAUGACCCCGGCGACAGACGCGUUUCCAGCCACUGCCCCGACCACUCGCCCCGCGAGUACCGCUCUCGACGAAGCUCGCCCCGAGGCUGAGGAAGUUUUGAGAUUGAAGUUACAGCUUGCCCAGGCCCAGAACCAUAUAUCCAAGCUGGACCAGGAGCUGGCAAAGUCUCGGACUGCCAAGGCGGAGCCCGAUCUCCAGGGCAUUGGGGUGCCUAGAAACGUGUCCUCCAUCUCUCGGGAUACCACCUGGAUGACGGCUGAUGACGCUCAGUCGGACUCGAGCGACGCGUUAUCCGCCACGGCCUUCAAUCGCGCUCGAGGGAUUUGGGGCACUUCAAAGGGGGCUUUCAACAACGCCCUCCCGGCUCCAGUCAGCGAAGCAUCGCCGGGAAAUUGGGGAGCAGGGCGUAGCUUCAAUCAAGGUUAUGUGGAGGCCAACGGCACCUACCCCAACACAAUGGAGUGCUAUCGGGGAGAACGCCUCGCUGCGGACCCUGACCUUUUGAUGCGCCCCUCGGGCGGUCGACGAAGCAACCGCUACGACAAUCGGCUGGGCGCUCCAUACCAAUUCGGGAGCGGGUCUGGCGGUAUGGGCGCACCUGUGAAUCAGUUCGAAUCGAUUGGAGGCCCCAUGCCUUCGGGUACCCUGAAUGCUGCCCCUGGGCUCGGGCCAAUGGGCAUGGGCGUGUAUCCUCCGUAUCAGCAGCAGCCGAUCGGGACAACUCUUUCGCCCCACGCCUCCGAGUUCACGUCGAAGGCUGGCUGGAAGAGCGAGGCCAUGCCCCCUGAAGGACCGACCUACCUCCCCGCCACCGAGCCCCUCAACUACCGUCGACUCUUGGACAAGAACGUGAGCGCCAACUGGAAGUACAUUGUCGACAAGAUUGUUUGCAACAACGAUCAGCAAGCCUCCAUCUUCCUCCAGCAGAAGCUCAAAGUGGGAAGCCCCGAGCAAAAGUACGAGAUAGUCGAGGCCAUCGUGGCGCAAGCCUAUCCUUUGAUGGUCAACAGGUUCGGCAAUUUUCUCGUGCAGCGUUGCUUUGAACACGGCACUCCGGAGCAAGUCAUCAAGAUCGCUGGAGCGAUUCGUGGCAACACGCGCAACCUCUCCAUGGACCCUUUCGGAUGCCACGUGGUUCAGAAAGCGUUUGACUCGGUCCCCGAAGAUUACAAGAGCAUCAUGGUUCGCGAGCUUCUGCGACGGAUUCCAGAGACGGUGAUUCAUCGAUACGCCUGCCACGUGUGGCAGAAACUCUUUGAGCUUCGCUGGACCGAGUCCCCCCCUCAGAUCAUGAAGUAUGUCAACGAGGCACUCAGGGGCAUGUGGCACGAAGUUGCGUUGGGCGAGACCGGCAGCCUCGUCGUCCAGAAUAUCUUUGAGAAUUGUCUAGAGGAAGACAAGCGCCCUUGCAUUGAGGAGGUCCUUGCCAACAUCGAUAUCGUGGCGCACGGCCAGUUUGGAAACUGGUGCAUCCAGCACAUCUGCGAACACGGUGCCCCCCCGGACAGAAGCCGGGCCAUCGACCACGUCAUUCGCUACGCCGCCGAGUACAGCACCGAUCAGUUUGCUUCCAAGGUGGUGGAGAAGUGCCUCAAGAUUGGCGGUGGGGACUUCCUGGGCAGAUACCUGGAUCGAGUUUGCGAGGGCCGACCGGACCGAACCCGGAUCCCCUUGAUUGACAUCGCCAGCGACCAGUACGGCAACUACCUCGUCCAGUGGAUCCUCAACCACGCCACGCCUCAGCACCGUGAAAUGGUGGCGGCCCACAUCCGGAAGCACAUGGUGUCUCUGCGCGGAUCCAAGUUUGGUUCGCGCGUGGGCAUGCUGUGCACGAACCAUGCCGUCACCACCCGACCUGGCCCUGGCGUUGGACCUGGCAUGGGAAGCCGUAUGGGCCAGGGGCCGCGAUUUGGAGGCGCCUAUCGUUGA